AUGACUACUACUACUACUACUACAAGUACUAGAAGUAUUACCGCUGGUGAUCCUACUGAUACUACUAUCGUCAACAGCAUCACCAUCCGUAAUAAUACUACUGUUACUGUUAUUACUAUCAAAACUGUUGCUACUACUACGAACGGUGCUGCUAUUACUACUACUACUACUACUACUACUGCGACUAUUCCUGUUACUGAAUCUGUUAUUAUUAGGUCUGCUCGUGCUGCUAUUACUACUGCUAAUACUGCUGGUACUACUGUCACCACUAUUGCUACCAGCCAUGUUACCGCUGCUACUACUGUUAUUUCUAUGAAAACUAUUACUACUACUACGAACGCUGAGGUUACUAUUAUGAAUACUAUUCCUGACGCUAUUACGAGUGUUCCUGAAAAUGCUUCUAUUGUUAUCAUUACGGAUAUUCCUGCUGCUUAUGUUCUUAAUACCACUAUUUCCAUUAUGCCUGCUACGACUGCUGAUAGUAGUCCUGCCACUAUCCUUAUUAUUGAUACCACUGUUGCUUCUACUGCUUCUGCCCUGCUGCUUCUAACACCACUACCACUAGUACUACCACUAUUAAUUACUACUACUACUACUACUACGACUGUUGCUGCUACUACUAUUACUGCUACUACCACCACUACUAUCACCACUACUACAACUACUACUACAACUACUACUACAACUGCUACUACUACUGCUACUAGUACUACAACUACUACAACAACUACUACUACUACUGCUACUUCUACUACUUCUACUACUUCUACUACUUCUACUACUACUACUACUACUACUACUACUACUACUUCUACUACUUCUACUGCUACUGUUACUAUUACUAUCGCCGUUAUUAUUAUCAUUACUAAUAUUAUUGAUAUUUGUGAUCUUCGUAUUGUGGUGAUCGCGUUCCGAUUUAAUUAUUAG